UAGUGUGUCCCAACAGGUUUUUUGUCAGUUUGUUUGUGAUAGACAAUUUUUUUGCCAAAAAAUUAUGCUGCUUUUAACUGUUGCCAAUUCAAGGACCUGAUGUUCAGCAAAAGACAAACAGAAACUAAAUCAGCUUCACAUGUUUGCUGGUGGACUGGUGCAAAGGUCAAUGGAGGUAAACGCUGAGGCUGUGGAGGUCAAAGUUGAAACUUCAGAAGUGGAGCAAUUUGAAACCCUUUUCAUUGAAGAGGAAGGUGAUGAAAUAAAGAGUGAAGAGGAUUAUAGGGAGAAAAGCAGCAAAUCAACGGUUUCAAAGACCAACGAUGAGGACACAGAAGACAGAGAGGGAGAGACAGGAAAAGAUGGAGGAGGAGAGGGUGGAGACGGAGAGACAGGGAUAAAGGAUGCAAUAAAAGACACAUGUGUAGGGAAAGAGACACAGAAUGAAGAAGAGACAGAAGAUAGAACAGAGGAGGUGAAUCUGAAGCAAAGCAGGGGUGAUGUGGCAGCAGAUUCGAGGGCGACAGAGAACGAGGAGGACAAAAUAGAGAAGAUGGGGGUAGAAAACCAAAGUCCAGAAGGACGUACUGCAGAAGACGGCAGAGAAGGAAGCAAAGUUGAAGAAGAUGUAAACACAGAAAGCAAAGUUGUGAAAGACACAGAGGGAGGACAAGGCCAGGAAAGACAGCAGGACACAAGAGGCAUCAAGCCAGAGGCACGGCUUCUUGACCCUAGGUCCACAGCAGUAAGGUCCAAAGACAGACUGAGUCCCUACGAUGCACAAAAACAGAUUCGCAGGUUAACCCCGGACUUCCCAGAUUCACUGUAUGAGCUGUUGUGCUCCCUGCAAGAAGGGCGACGGCUGAAUGACCAGCGUUGCUCAUUCACCAUGGAGAGGAGAUGCCACUCCGAGCCAAGUACCCCUGUGCCUCGACACAGAGUGGUUUUCUCUUCGAUGACAUCACUGCAGAAGGAGGAGUUCUUUGAUUUACUGGCUACCUCCCAAGGCCGUCGCAUGGAUGACCAGCGGGCAGAGCUACAGGACACCCCAGAACCUCAGCCACCUCCUCAGCCAAAAGCCAAUGAGAGAAAGUUCAGCUUCAAGGGGCUGGAGCCAAAGGCAGCGGCUCCCAAACCACCUCCCAAAGAAGAAUUGUACAACAUGAUUCUGACUGUUCAAGCUCAAGGCAGAAUCGAGGAGCAGCGUAGUCGUGCCCCGGGACCGAUGGAUGAUGAGGAUUUCUUCUCCCUACUAUUGAGGGUCCAAGGAGGAAGAAUGGAUGAGCAGAGGACUGAGCUCCCUAUAACCCUCAGAGACUGAGGAGGAGGCAUUGGGAGGGGAGAAGGGCAUAGGGGUGGACAUUAGCAGAGAGUGACCAGGACAGGAGGGGCAGUACUUUUCUUCCUCUCAAACUUUGAAUGUGAUUUGAACUUUUAUGAGGCCUGACUGUGUCUCUUUCAUUGCUGUCAGUCUCUGGUUUGUCACCGGUCGCCAGUUUAGGAGAGUUUGCUCAUCUGAGUUUGAAGUGGACACCGAAUGGGUUCGUGGUGACAGU